AUCCCAAAUAUGUAUCUUAUGCUCCAUUUAGUCCUAUCUUUUAUCUUAUGUUCCAAUUAGUCCUAACAUAAUGUUAUUGACAACUAAACCCGCCUCAAUGUAAUGUUUACACGUUUUAGUAAGGGUAAUUAAGUAAACCCCCAACGGCGUAAUGACUGGAAUGCCCCAAACCUGUCUUCUGUAGAAAUUUGUUUCCCUCCAAACAAACCCGUAAUCGAAGAGUCGUGUAUGGAAGGUUGAACAGUUCUCCGAUGUUAAUGGCGGCAUGUCAGGCAUUGCAGUUGCAGAAUGUUGCUUGACGAUGUGAAUUCCAGGUCAACAGAAUAGCAUUUUGUGUUUUACCGUAAUCCCCAUCAAAUACGAAAACCCCUUCGCUGUUGAUACAUCAAACCCUGCGGUGUAGUUGCUUGUGACACUUCUGUGCUUCGAAAUAGCGAGCGGAAAGUCCUCGUAGGCGCCCGACAAUGGUUCCAGGUAGCAGUGGCAGUAGGACUGGUAAACGGAAAAUUGGCUUGAGGUCACCACACACAUCGACAAGGCAACCCAGUAAACGACAAGCAAAGCUCCCUUUCAAGAAACAGAAAGGGCCGGGUGAUCUUGUUCAGAGAGCUGUUGUUGAUACGUCGAAAUUAAUGUACCGUUCAAACAUAUCCGGGCUGAUUAGCACAGUUCUGGAACUCGAAUUACGCGAUGCCCACGUCAGACAGUUGCAGAGAACGCCAUUCUGGCUGAUGAUUGAUGCUAUUCGGGCUAACGAGCUGGAUCCUAAAAUGUUCAAAAAAUGUGAUGCGACGGUAUGUCGGAUAAUACAAACUUACAACCCUGAAGAUGAGAAAUUCCACAUCGGUGGAGCUAAGUUACCAUUGCGCAACAACGACAUCAGGUUGAUCUUUGGGGUACAAUGUGGGAGGGAGAAAUUGGAUAUGACACAGGGUGGGAAAGGGCCGUCUGAUUUCAUGCAAAGACGCUGCGCAAAUGUUACCCGAAUUUCCUCAAAACUAAUAAAGGACUUGCUGGGAGAAGCCAUCUGUGGUCGUACGGAGCGUGACGAAGAUGAUGUGGCGAAAUUGUUAUGUCUUUAUGUGUGCGCCAAGUUAUUUUUUGCAACAACCGGCGAGCAUAUAGGUUGGGCAUUUGUCCGUGUGAUUGACAAACUAGACACGUUGCAGCACUAUGACUGGAGUGCAACAAUAAGAAACACAUUGAUUGGGUCACUAAAUGAGAUGCACAAUAAGCCAGAGAAGGUCACUGGUUGUAUAGUAGCAUUGCUGGUAUGUAUGUUUUUUGCUUGUUUGGUGGUUCAAAUUCAGCGGUAA